AUGCAGCUCUGGUUCUUCCAGGACCUUCUGCAGGGCCUCAGUGCCACUGACCUGCAAGUGCUGGGAAGGGGUGGAGAUCCCAAGUCUGGGGCCAAAGCCAUUGCCAGGACAGACUCUGGGCAGCAUGAAGAACCACAGGGUGGCCACACCACAGCUGCUCCCGGGGAGUGCGGACAGCCUCCUCCAGGUGGCACUCCCAGUGUCUCUCUCCUGGGCUUUCAGCCGGAACUCAAUAGAGCCAUCGCAGCCCUGGCGUCCGCACUUUCUCGCAGCCGCAGGACACCAGCUGGAGUCAGUAGAAAGGCCUCAGGUCAUCUAGGUGGACAGCUUCUCUCCACCUGCCAGCAGGAUGAGCUCGUGACAGACCGGCCUCUGUCUUCUUCCAACGAGGAGCGCCAAAACGCAAGACUGCCGCAGGACCCCGGACUUCCACAACUCCUCCAGGGUGAGGCUAAAGGAGGAAGUACUGAGGACCCAAGUCCUGAGAAGUGGAUCCGCAGACCCAGACAGAGGCAUGGAGCCAUUCCUGAGCUGCAGAGAAAGAUAAAGCAAGUGGAAGACUCUUUGGAUGUGUUGAACAAGGAGUUCCUCCAGCUCACUGCACAAGCUCUGGAGCUCCAGAAAGAGGACAAACCAGGACGACCGUCCCCAGCUGAAGGUGACACAACUUUGGUGACUCCCAGCAUCUUUGCUCACCCAGCAGAGGCGUGUGGCCCAUACAGAGAGAACCCAAAAACCAGGGCCCUGAAGAGUGAUCAGGAUCUGUUGCUGGAGGUGAGAAGGGUCCACUUGGCUCAGAGAAUUGAGGACCUGGAGUGGGAGUUGUCCCUGCUCCUCCAGGUGGCUGAUGGCCGCUCAAGUAUAAGAGAGAGCUGGCCCCACCACCUUGCCAGCCUGAGGGACACUGAGUCACACAGGACGCUGCUGUGGCCACCUGCUAGAGAUGCCUCCUCCACCAAGAACACAACUGGGUUGUCCCAGUAG